AUGGGCGACGGGGGAGCUUCCUGCUUCCCAGCUGCGCUGCAGCUGAACAAUAUCCCCCUUCCCCUCCAGGGCCCCCGGGGGAGCCCGUCUUCCCCCGUGCCAGGGGUGGCGAGAGCUCUGGGGCCUUUGCUGUGGUGGCAGAGCCGUCCCUCGGAGGAGACGGGGCCAGAGCAAGCCCCAGCAUGUCUGGAAGUGCAGGAGCUCGCCCUGGGCAUGGUGAGCGUUGGGCACAGAGGGCUUUGA